AUGGGUUCCAAUGGUGCCAACGAAGCAACACCAUACCAGACUGGAAGCUUCUGUGUUUCAAGGGAAGGCCUCUUUGUCUGGAAAGUCUUUGACCUGGGGCAGAAGAAAGCAAAAGUAGAUGAGUUCUCACUGUGUGGCUCCAUGGUGUCCGAUGAAUAUGAGCAUCUCUCCUCUGAAGCCCUGGAGGCUGCACAUAUUUGUGCCAAAAUGUACAUGCUGAAAAGCUGUGGCAAAGAUGGUUUUCCCAUCAGAGUGCAGUUCCACCCCUUCCACGGCAUCCUUAUCUACAAGAUGUUGUCCUGUGCUGGAGCUCACGGGCUCUCAACAGGUAUGCGGGGUGCCUUUGGCAAGCCCUACGGCACAGUGGCCAGGGUCCACACUGGCCAAGUCAUCAUGUCCAUCUGUACCAAGGUGCAAAACGAGGAGCAUGUGACUGAGGCUCUGUAUAGGGCCAAGUUCAAGUUCCCUGGCUGCCAGAAGAUCCACAUUUCCAAGAAGCAGGGCUUCACUAAAUUUAAUGCAGACAAAUUUGAAGACAUGGUGGCUGAAAAGUGCCUCAUCCCAGAUGGCUGUGGGGUCAGAUACAUCCCUAAUUGUGGCCCCAUGGACAAAUGGCAGGCUCUGCCCUCAUGAGAACCUCAGUACUG